AUGUUAGAGACGACAGUCAGCCUCUGUUCUCUCAACCAAUCGCUUCAAAUCCCAAGGUUCAUUUCUAGCGAAGGUUUCAUAUCAACAAACCACACCUACAUAGCCUUAGCACCACCCGGGGAAGUGAGAUCAUUGCAAAACAAGGCAUUUUUUUUGGAUUUAUUCAGAGAAGCUAGAAAAGCUUUUCUUGCUCUUUCUGAAGAUGCAAAAGCACCUCCCACUCAAGUUGAAGCUGAGGAUGACUUGGCAUCUGCUGCAGAACUCUCUACUGAUGGUGUUAGUCAGCUCCACAAAAGUUUAUGUGCUAAAUCCAAAGCAGGAUAUGCAUGGUCUAGGCUACGAUCCAUUCAAAGGUGCUCCAGAAUUCAGGGAAAACAAAAGGUCGCAAUUUACCUGGGAAUAAGGAAUCAGGCCACCAAAGAAAGAUGGCCUCUUCUCUUUCAAAAGUAUGUUUCCAUGUUCACUCUUUCUCAUUUGCAUAAUUUAUGUAUUCAACUUCGUAAUUCUUGUUUGUUUUACAUCAUGAAAGCAUCAAACUUUUUUUUCCCUCAUCAAUGA